CAUGGAUAUUAGCACGGAAUUGAAAAAAAAAACGUUAUUGCUGUGUCAUCGUUAUCAUAAAUUGUAUCUGUGGCGCGCAUUGAUUCUCAUCCACCAAUGGCGUUCACCGUCGGCAUCGGCAGCGGUGGGGCUAUAAUUCCCUGCGGCAACAGAACCACCGCAAUUCCUUACAUCCGUGGCGGCGGUGGUGGUCUCCUCUUCCCUGACCGAACGAGAAGCAGAAACCUCCACCUCCACGUGGCGUGCGCGAAGAAGAAGAAGAAGCUCCUAGAGAAGAUAGAACUUGAAUUCUGGGAAUGGUUCGGCACCUUCCUCAAGUAUUCCUGGAUUAUUGCCAUCGCUGUCGCGGUACCAACCACCCUCUUCAACCUUCGUUUCUUCUUCCCAAUUGGAUUAGGGAUUUCUUAAGUUAUGUUUCCAUAAAUACUUGUUAUAUAUAAGUAAAUAUAAAGUUUCCUCAAAAUCAGCUUAUAGAGACACUAUCUGAGAGGAUUUACCCUGUUAAUCUUUGUUAUUAUUGUUGUCAUCAUCAAGCUGCUGUGCAAAAGUAUAAAUGGAUUAGGGAGAUCUUGUAGAUGUUUUAUUCUAAGAGAACAUAUUUUUGGGUGAUA